AUGUCCAAUGGUGCGGCUCAGGCGUCUCAGGCGACGGGUCGUCACGAGAGGGCCAGGUCGGAGCCUCGCUUCAAGGGCUGCGGCUGGGCCAAGGGCAAGGGAGUCGGCAAGGCAGGCAAGACCAACGCCAGCGGCUCAGACCCCGUGGAUUACGUCCGCUGCGCGCACUGCUCGUGCAUGUGGAACUUGAAGUCCAGGGUCGAGUGCUGCAGCUGCAAGAAGGCGCUCAGGCCCGCCGUUGUGGACGAGUUUGCACGCCCACGGGCAGCUGCUUGGUCCUUUGUGCGGAAGCCGUGGGUGGCGCAGGACGGCGCCUGGUGCGGGGACUUGCCGCCCGCCCCCAGCCCGCCCUCCGACGCCGAGUGCCUCGCGGCGCUGGCGGCGCGGCACCCUGAGCAUGGCCAGCAGCUGGAGGCCAUCAAACUGGCCGUCGCACCGCCCGUUGCGGCCGCGGCGCUGCCAGAUGUGGCCCUCAACCGCGCGCAGGCCAAGCAGCGGAGGGCGCGGGCUACCUUCACGGCCAAGGCCCAGCAGGUCCGCGACGCCGAGCAGUGGCUCCAGGCUUGCCGCGAGGAGGAGCUGCGCGCGGGGGAGGCACUCCUGGCCUGCGACCUGGAGGUGGAGGACGCGUGCAAGGCCGCCGCGCCCAAGGACAUCCAGGCGCAGACGCUGGCGGAGCAGCUGCAGCCAGGAGGUGCGUCCAAGCCAGUCGCCGGCCUCAACGUCGCGGCGCUCCUGGAGGAGGGUUUCCAGGUCGAAGCAGGUGACGCCUUCAAGCUCGGCGAUCCCGACCUGGACAUCACCGACGCCGAGCGCGAGGAAUUCAACAGCUCGUUACAGGGUUUCGUCGACCAGGUCAAGCAGCACGUCCGCACCACCUUCGGGGAGGCAAAAGCGCAGCUGGAACAGCGACGCAGCGAGAUCGACGCCAUGCAUCGGCUGCUCCUCGCCAGGCCCAGGGAGCCAAGGAGGGCCCGCUCGGGCCGGCGCGAGAAGGGCAUCCUGGUCGCGCGCAUGCGGCGCAUGGCGAGGCAGUGGUGCCCUGCACCGCGACUGGGAGCCUCGCCUCAGGACCGCCGCCGCUGGGGCUCGUACUGCGUCCCCUACGUUUUCCACCUGCUGGGCUCCAUCGAGUACACCGCCAUGCUGGACGACCUGGCGGCGGCCUCAGGCAGCGGCUCGCGCAUCGCAGAGAGGAUGAGGCUAGCUCGGGAGGUGUGUGACGAUGCUUGGAAUCACCCGAUGGGCAUCGACGCCAGGCGACUUCCACGGCAGAGGAUGGAGGACGCGCAGGCAGACGAGAAGGACGCCUAUGAGAAGGAGGUGGCCAAGCAGGUCCGCACUCAGUCGGCGGCUGAGAGGUGGUUCGACCGCCAAACGCAGCAGGCCGCGCCGACGCAGGCCAGCCUCUCCAUGGUCUUCGACGACGCCUUACAAUGUUGGAGGCUCCUUACCGUCCAGGCCUUCCAGGCUGCCAAGUGCCCGCGGCCCCGCAGUUUGACCGCGGUCGUGCUUCAAAGGGCCUGGAUCCCAGUCAAGACCCUGCUGGACGUGCCCGCGGCGUUCCCCAGGCGCUUCACCUUCCACAGCGUCAAUGCCAGCCUCAGUUGGGGCAACGUCGCGACGUACCUCCACGGCGCGGCACACCAGCAGCUCUCCGAGGGCAAGAUACCGAUCAUCGCCUUCCAGGAGCACGGCAAGCGACACCUGUGGGCCGAGGAGAGCGCGCGGGCUCUGCUCCCGCUGGGAUGGAGGGCCCUGCCAGUCCCAGCCACCGAGGGACCGAACGGGGGCGCUUCGGCAGGAGUCUUGCUCGCGGUGCCUGCAUGUGUCGGCGCCACCCUCGCGCCCGAGCAGCGGCGCUGGGACAUCUCCCCCCCUGGAUGUGCGGGCAGGCUUUUGAUGGCCACGAUCGAAGCUAAACACAAUGGCAAGUUCCAGGUUUUCUGUGCGUACCGCUUUACUGGUCAGAAGUUGUCAUCAGUGGGCAACGCCGCUAUCUUAUUUGUCAUCGCGGCAUGGGUGGUCCAGCUCCAGCUACCGUGGAUCGUCGUCGCGGACUGGAAGAACCUCCCUGAGGACCUGGAGCGAUCGCCGUGGAACAACCAGCUUCGAGGGCGUGCGGUGGCAUGGCAGGGUGAAGGCGGCACGAACCGUUCACCGCACGGUGAGCGCGUCAUCGACUACUUUUGGAUGCAUGCCAGUUUCGCGGCCAACAUCUCGCCAGCACACAUUGAUGCGGAUGCAUUUUACCACCCUCACAGAGCCACAUUGGUCGAGUUUCAGAAGCCCUGGUCAGCCUUCACAUUCACGAAGCUCGUUCGGCCCAACAAGUUCCCGAUCCCUGAUUCCAAGCCUCGCCACUUCGACUUGUCGUGCACCGCCGUGCCAGAAGGCUUCGACCCCGAGGCGCAGCCCACCCAAGCUCUGCUGGACGCUACGCGGGCGGCCUCCUGCCGCGCGGCGGAGGAGGAGCUCAUCCAGCGCUUGGGGUUUGACCCCGCCAGCAGGGAGGGGGCGCAGUGUCGUGGCCGAGGUGAGCCGCCUCGUUUCAUGCGGUGCCCGUUGCUCCCCACACAUGCCGAGGCGGUUGCAUCAUGCGGGGGCGCCAAGCGCUGGAGGUGGUUGGCGAACGAGCUGGCGUGGCUGGGCAUCAUCGAGGUGAAGCUCCUCCUGGCCGCCCCCGCUUCCGACCGCGCCCGCACCGCGCUGCAUCAGCAGCGGAGCGCCUCCAUCCGCAAGUUGCGAGAUCGUCUGAGGCACUACGUGUUGCUGGAAGGUAUCGGGGAGCUGCAGGAUUUCUUCGAGGUCUUCACCCCCCGCGAGAGGCAGUGCGAGGAUGUGCAGGAGCUCUCAGCUUGGCAUCUGUGGUGCAGUCACCACGCCUCCUACCUGGAGCGGCAGAUGUGCGUGGCGCGGCGCCAGUCCUUCAAGCAGCGUUUUGAGGACGAUUUCCCUGGUUCGCAAGGGCUCAUGCACAGGAUCACCAAAUGGCGCCAGGCCUGGCAGGCUCCCAAGGGCAGCAUUUCCAAGCAACAGCUGCCAGCGGCGCCACAGGACGCCGCGGACCAGGAGCUGCGCGACUGGACCAAGGUCUGGGCCACGGGUUCAGGUUACCCCAAGCCACGGCGAGGACUGCAGCCCGUGGCGGUCGACCCGCCCAGCGCCCACCAGCUGAGGCGCCUGGCGCAGCGCUUCAAGGCCAGGACGGGCAUGGGCGUGGACGGCUGGCAGCCCAAGCUCUGGGCCUACCUCACGGACGGCGCUCUUUCCGUGCUGGCCGCCUUGUUGGCCUGGUGCCAGCAGCUGGGGAACUACGACUACACGGCAGCUGGGCAAUCGUCAGAGCGGGCAUUGUGGAAGGCGCUCCUGGACGGCGAGCUGGUCGAUGGCACAGGCAUUCGUGCCGCGACUAUGUUGGCCGAUUUGGCUAAGUGCUGCGAGAAGGUCUCUCAUGUACGCAUGUGGUGGCUAGCGGCCUGGUUGGACGGCCCGCUGGAGGUGGUGGCCCUCGCCUUGGUUUUCCGAGUCACGCUCUACCUCUUCGUGGACGACAUCGCCUUGCGAGUCAUGUCGACCGAGGUGCGUGUCUUGCAGAUCCUGCCGCGAACCACGCGGCUGUUGUGCUGGAUGAUGGAGUCCUUCCUGGGCCUGGAGGUGGCGAGGGCGCGGGACGGGGCCAAGGACAAGUGCUCGUUCUUGCAGACGUCCAGUCCGUCAGCAGGCCUCCAGCAGCCCAUGGCUGUCCUCGGCGUCCCGCCCAGCAAGUCCGAGAGAUGGCUUGGCACCGACUACGGCACCAGCGUCACUGCCGAGAGCCUCUCAGCCCCUGUUCGGCACGCGCGCCUCAAGACAGCCAGGAAGCGCUGGCCCAAGGCUCGAGGCCUGCCCGGGGCUAGUGGCGGCAAGCUCAAGAUGGUCGUAAGGCAGGGCCUUGGAGCUUCGAUCGCCUAUGGGGCCAGAGUGCGGGGCACGCCCAGACCCAUCGUUCGCUUUACUCAACAGAAGGACCGCGCCAUCCGCAGGGGCGCCGCGGCUCUCACGCCCCGCGUGCCGCAUGACGGUCUGGACCCCAGUUGCGCCGACAUUCUCGUCUUGGCACCGGUGUUGGCGUGGGCGCGGGAAGCGUGGGAUCACCCUGAAGGCCGCCGUGCCCGGGCCACAGCUUGGGCCAGAGUCCAGCACCAGCUCGGGCCGUUCGCCGAGGCGGGCCCCCAGGACCUCUGGCAGGUGGUCCGCGGCCCCGCGGCCGCCACCGCGGUCACCGUGCGGGCUCACGGCUGGCGCAUGCCGUCGGCCUUCGUGGUCAUCCUGCCGCCGAGAGGAGGAGUGCUACAAGGGGCCGACGUCCACCUGGAUAUGCUGCAAGUGUGCCCCAAGUCCGUGGGGGGGGGGGCGCUCCUCUACGCAGCCCGUGGCCGUGCCCUAGCUCAGUGGACAGCGGCCAAGCCAGAGCGCGCUGCGCUCCUCCCCGCGCCCUGGCUGUUUCCCGCGCGGCAGCUGGUCGAGAGGCGCAAGCGGGAUGGCUGGCUGCAGCACCACGUGGACGCGGUCAAGAAAGCGGUGCUCGGCGGCUACCUCUCGCAGGAGGCCCUGUUCACGUCGGGCCAGGCGGGCGCGCCCUACUGCCAGCUCUGCGACGGCUCCAACGUGUUCGGCACCAUGCAGCAUUACUAUUGGCAGUGCAGCGGCCCGACGUGCGCCUCAGCGCGGGACCAGCUUGCAGCACAUGGGGCGGGCGCCGAGCUCAACGGCGCGCUGGUCUCCGACGGCUCGGCCAAGGGCCUGGGCGACCUCAGGCGCGGAGGCUGGGCGGCGCUACAGUGCGCGGCGCUCGCCCACGACGUGGAGCAGGGCCUCUACGGCCCCCUGCCGUUCCCUGACCCGAGCUCGGUGCUUGCAGAGUUGCGGGGGUUGCUCCACCCCCUCAGGCACGCGGGCUUCGCCACGACCAUCAUCAUCGACAACGCUCAAGUGGUCCAAGGGCUGGCCAGAGGCAGGGCGUGGUGUUGUGCGGCGGCCAGACCAUGCGCGCACGCGUGGGCGGCGAUCUGGGACCGCCUAGACGACGCGGGCAUCACCCCAGGCCAGGAGCUGUUCAUCAUCAAGGUCGCCUCGCACAUAUCACAGGUCAAGCGCCAAGCUCUGCCAGAGGAGGUCCAGCUUCAUAUGGGACACAACGACCUCGCCGACAUCUGGGCUAAGAAAGGGGCGGGCCUCAGCGCGCCGCCAGAGUGGGCCACGACGCAGCUCAAGCAGGAGCUCAAGGCCACCAAGCGCGCGCUGGAGUACAUCGGUCAUUUCAGGGUCCUCCUAGGCGGCGCCAAGCUGGCCGCGCCCCGCCCUCGGCAGCAGCAGCAGGGCGCCAACGCGCCCUCGGCAGCCCGCCCCAGGACGGCACCCAAGCACCCGCACGCCCUGGCAGCUUGCCGGGGAUACCACAAGUGCGUCAACUGCGGCAAGGUGGCGCGCACUCGUCUGGCGGCCUUCCUUCCGCAAGAGUGCCGUGGUCGACCCCGAGGGCUUCAGGGCAAGAUCGUCAAGAGUGCGGUCAAGGAGGGCAGGGUGGCGGUCCCCCUACUGGCGGCGGCUGGUGCAACUGGGCACUCCGCAAGCCAGCGCCCAGACCACGAGGCCCAGGACGAGGGGCAGCGCUUGCCAGACCGCAACCCCUCGCAGGGGCCGCCUGCUCAAGAUCCUCUCUGGGCGCCACUGGUAGCAGCCAGGGCGGCCGUGCGCAGGAUGGAGGUCAGCCCAGAGCAGCACCACGUGAGGGCGGUCAUAGACGACGCUGAGGCCUGGGCGUCCGUUUGGAUCGACAGGUUCGACCUGGACGACUACACCAACGAGUGGGACUUUCGCACGUGGUGCUCCGAGUACCUGGAGAUGCUCCUGGGUACCGAGCCGUGGACUCCCGUCCGAGAGCACCUACUUCGGGGUAACCCUGGGCGCACGGUGAGGCAGGUGGUUGGCGACAUGCGUGCCACGUCCUGGACGCGGGCGGAGCCUGCCAGGCAGGCACAGUUUGCCAGUAUGAGGCCCGACUCGGGCUUAACCAGCAGGCAGCGACGGCGGCUCCUACGGCAUCACCGUGACGUGCUGCACCAGAUCAGGGCGUGCUUCAGGAGCUUGCUGGGGGACCGCGCUCCACCUCAGACGGGUGCGUGGCAUCAGUGGGUCUACGAGCCUCUCUCCUCGGAUUCCGACGACCAAGGUGGAGUCGUGGAUAGUCGAGAUCAGGAGUCUGCCCACAGCGGCGACGGCGGCGAGGUGGACGUGGCCCUCGUGCACAGCGACGGGGAGGUCGUGCGUGCGGGCGAGCGGCAGGCGCCGCCCCAGCAGCAGCGGCCGUCACCUUCGUGGGCGUCGGGCUCGGCGGCGUCAGAGCGCACGUCGUCGCACAAUCCCGACCUCGCCUCCAGGGCACCCCUUCCGCAGGAGGCGGGGGUGCCAGCGAGCGGGGCGGGGCGGGAGGGUGUUUUGCGGAUCCGCAGUGCUGCCCUGGAGGCUCGGCCUGCUCGUUGUGACGGUGCCGACCGCGGUGAAGAGGACGAGCUAGCUGGUUCCCUGGACGUGGGAGGCGCGGCCUCGGCGGAGCCGCGGCCACACACCGUCGAGAUCGUCGGCAAGUACGUGGUCUGCGUCAUGUGUGGCGCGUACUACAGCUCGGUGGCCAGGGCCACCAAUGGCCCCUGCAGGCGGCUCGAUCCAAGAGACCCAGGGGAUCGUGAACGUCAGAGCCGGAUCAGCCGCAUCAAGCGAGGCCAGGACCCAAAGUCUGGCAAAGAUCUGAGGUGA